UCAGUGUGACUGAGAUCAGAUCUCGAAAGUAAUGAUUAUUUCGGUCCACGGGCGUUAGUUCCACUUAUCCCCGCUGCGGCGUUGCGAUCUACGGGAGUGUAAUGUAUGUACCUCGAUAUAGGAUCGCUUAAAACGUAAUUUUAGCCCUGGAAAUUGAAAAAUUGCGGAUGUAACGCUCCGAGUGUAGCAAAGUGCGGUGAUGUGAAUCGUAUAAUAUAUUCUACGUAUGAUUUGAAGCCGUUAUAAUUCAGUACAGUGUCGUCCAUUAUUUAGUGAUUUUUCAGAUUCGCUGCACGGCGAUCGCUGGAUGUGACAUUUGCGAAUAAUAAAAUGUAUUAUCAUUUGGUGUACUGGAAAAUGCGUUUUAACAUAACAGACGCUUGAAAAACUGUCGGUGCUGUGAAUGAUUGUUAUGAAUCAAAAUCAUUUAGGGUUUAAAAUCUUGCAAGAUGCUAAAUAUUCCAUCGAGGCGGAUAAAAUCGACCGCGUCUCGCGGCCCACACGCGACUCAAUACUGAAAAUCUCACAGGAUCACAAAUGGCGCUAGACAAGUUGUUGUUGCUCGCUAUCAUACUCGCCAUCGUCAGCGCCGAUUACAACGAUGAGGUUCAAGCGAAGAAUAAAACGCAAAAAGCCAUGGCGGCGAAAAAGGAGCAGCGGUACAGGACUGCGGUCCCAGAACCCGCCAAGGGAUCCUUCCAGAAAUUGAGCAGCCUGAUGAAUAGGACGAGCGACAGGAGCUACAGGCGGAGAGACAAGAACAUUAACAAGAUAAGACAGUUGAACCGACACUCCAACGACGAUAUGAUGAAUGACAAUGAAGGUUCCAUCAGCACCAGCCAGAAGAAAUAUGCUGAUAAUGAUACGAAUUCGCUGGCCGUUAAAUUCAAGGUCCUCCGACCCGAACUUCCAAUGUAUGACGUGACAUUGAAGAACAGCUACCUGCCACACGUUUCUGGUGUAUUCUGUGAUUUCGAACAGCACAAUGGAACAGAUACGUGCAUGUGGCAGUGGAAUACGACGGUCUCCAGCCACGGACUCGGCUUCAAAGUGGUGAGAGCUGAUGAUGUACAGGAAAUGAAUGAAACAACCAGAGGUCUAAAGUUCUCUGGGCCCAGCCACGACGCGGACGGUAAUAAAGAAGGACAUUUCCUCUACCUCCCAGUGGAUCCUACGAUGGAGAACAUGGUGAUUAAGUCACCACCAUUCAGGGGAUUGUGGGAGUUUUGCAAGUUCGAGGCACGGUUACAUCAGAGCAAAAUGCAGAACGCCAGCAUCCGUUUGGUCUCCGAGUCCACCAUGUCGGAGGUGCAAUGGAUCCUGCAGGAAGUGGCCGGCAACAACUUCGAAGUAUGGAAUCCAAUGCGCUUUAUAAUAGGGAGGGUUCAGCAGGAAGUGCGUAUCAUAGUAGAAAUAACCCGUCCAAGUUUUGUAAACCUGACGCAGACCUUGCCACACAUAGCCCUGGACAACAUCCGAAUGGUGGAUUGCCUCCCUGAGCCUCCCGUCUUUAAUGGGGAAUGCCAGACUGGUCAGCUAAAGUGCAAAAUAAUGAAUAAGGAGUCGUGCAUCAAGCUGCAGCGAGUCUGCGACUUGGUGAGGGACUGUGAUGACAACAGCGAUGAAAAUCAAAAUUGUGAUAAAAUGCCAUAUGGAUCGUAUUGUAACUUCGAACAGGACAACUGUGGUUUUGAAAAUGUGCCACAGCGCAUCCUAAAGUGGUCUCGGCAUAGCGGGCCCACGCCCACGGAUAAGACUGGCCCAAACUACGACCAUACCUGUGGUCCGCCUACCGCUUUCACCACCGCCAACCCCAUGGUACCAUUGUCACCAGCUCACAUGAACCACUCCCACGCCUGCGUGGGUUAUUACUUCUUCGUGAACAUGAAUGUCACAGGACCUAACAAAGAAAGAGCAGAUUUCGCGUCGACGGCUGUCAUGAAGACCGUCAUAUUCAACCCGCCCCCCAAAGUCCACGGGGACAUCAGCUCCAGAUACUAUAAUUGUUGUAUGAUAAGGUUCUACUAUCAACAAAAUGGGAGGAACUAUGGUUCUUUGAGUGUGGACGUGGUGGAGCUGACUCCGAGAGGUAACAUUACCACGUCUCUCUGGUUCUCCACCAAGGACAAAGGCGAGAACUGGUUCAGGGCGGGAAUAUUCCUGCCCAACAUCACAAGAAGAUACUAUUUCCUUUUCAAAACUCGUAUGGGCAUGCGGAUUUACUCGGACUCCGCCAUCGACGACUUCUCGAUGGCUCCAGAAUGUUUCGGUUUUAACAUAAACGCAACAGAACUCGGAGACUAUAAUUACUACGAUCCCAUAUUCGACGAGAAAACGACGCCGCAUCCGGACUUCGUGGACGCCACUAUGUAUCGCUUCUCGACUUGCAAUGCGACAGGUCGUUUUGGUCCUCAACAGGACCAGUGUGACGCCUCCUACACAGAUAUUGAUGGAGGGGUCCUCGUCCUGAACACUCCGGGGAUGAGAGGAGUUCAAGUGUGGGAGGUUCCCAACGAGGGUCUCUACACUAUCAUAGCUACGGGAGCUUCGGGCGGGUUAGGCUCGAUGUGGGCGGGCGUGUCUCACGGCUCGUCUGCCAGGGGACUGUUCGAGCUGCACCGGGGAGAGAAGGUGUACAUGAUGAUCGGACAGCAAGGAAUGAACGCCUGCAAGAAGACUCUAUCAGCUCAAGAGAGCCAGGAAUGCUCCAGAAGGGCGAACGAAACCACACAGGUGUUCACCAGCAAGACCCACGAGAUACGGAACACUCACGUCAACGACGGCGGCGGAGGGGGAGGAGGGGCUACAUACGUGUUCCUGAUGGAUAGAGAAGGCCAGCCGAUCCCAUUGUUGGUGGGGGGAGGUGGUGGGGGAUUGUCUGUGGGAGUGUUCAAGGACGACGGUUCACAACACGCUCGGGGGAGAACAAACACGACCCCGGAAUCCGGAUAUAUGUAUGGCCAACCGGGCCGCACUUCCGGUGCUGGUGGUGGGUGGAUCUCUCGUUCGGGGCCCAUAACUCCUGGCUUUGAACUCGUCAGAGGAUCUGCUUUUAGAGAAGGUGGGGUUGGGGGCCUCGCUUGUACCGGUGGGGCCCAUGGUGGCUUCGGAGGGGGAGGGGGUGGCUGUCUUAGGGGGGGAGGUGGAGGGGGAUGGGUUGGUGGUAAUACCAACGAGGGCGAGGGUCAGCACGGUGGUGGGGGGUGGUCGUUUGUUGACGUCACUCGUGGGGUGCGAGAGUUCGGUGACGUCACCAUGGCCCCUCGCACCGGCCCGGGGGAGGUGGUCAUCAUACCAGCUAUACAUAAAUGUGGCUGCAACUAUCGCUGCGUGGCGUUGGACGAACAGCGCGCUAAUGUGCGCUGUUAUUGUCCCGCGGCUUGGCGGACUGACCACGGAGAUCCCACCAAGUGUGUCUUGGAAAAAGCUUGGCCGGAAAUGUGGUGGGGUCUUCUUAUAUUUCUUGGAGUCAUAGUUGUCAUAUCCGUCGGCAUCAUACUGUGUGUCUGUCUCCACCUCUACAAUAAAUAUCAACGUAAGAAGGAAGCGGAACUACGUCAGAAACGCCUUCUGGAGCAGGAAGUACAGUUACACAGGUUACGAACAACACCGGGUGGUGAUAACGCUUUAAGUAUGGCUUUCAACCCCCACUACGGCAGUGAAAGUUUUCUGCCACAAGGGGUUGAUGUCAGGGGUUUGCCGAAAGUAGCCAGAGAAAGUCUAACUUUGGUGAAAGCCCUGGGCCAAGGUGCUUUCGGCGAGGUCUAUCAAGGUCUCUACCGUCACAGAGGUGGUGAGAGCGAAGAGAUGCCAGUCGCGGUGAAAACUCUACCGGAGCUGUCGACAGGGCAGGCGGAGUCAGAUUUCCUUAUGGAGGCUGCUAUAAUGGCUAAAUUCAACCAUCCGAAUAUCGUACACCUGAUCGGCGUCUGCUUUGAUAGACAUCCGAGGUUCAUAGUAUUGGAACUGCUGGCUGGUGGGGAUUUGAAGAACUUCCUCAGGGAGAGUCGUCCAAGACCUGAGAGAGCCAGCGCCCUGACAAUGAAAGACCUUCUUCUAUGCGCACUCGAUGUCUGUAAAGGAUGCAAAUAUUUGGAGGCCAAACGAUUCGUGCACAGGGAUAUAGCCGCUCGUAAUUGCCUCCUCACGUCUCGCGGUCCGGGGAGGGUGGUCAAGAUAGCUGAUUUCGGUAUGGCAAGAGACAUAUACCGCUCUGAUUACUACAAGAAGGGAGGCAAAGCUAUGCUGCCCAUUAAAUGGAUGCCGCCCGAAGCGUACAUAGAUGGAAUAUUCACCGUCAAGACUGAUGUUUGGUCGUAUGGUGUGUUGUUGUGGGAGGUGUUUUCCCUCGGCAUCAUGCCGUACACCGGCUGCUCUAACAGGGAGGUCAUGCAAAUGGUUUCUGGAGGAGGGAGAUUAGAAAGGCCCCACGGCUGUCCUCCUGAAAUUUAUCGUUUAAUGUGUGAGUGUUGGAACCCCGCCCCCUCCGAGCGACCCUCCUUCGCACAGAUGUUCGACAGGCUCCAGAGAUAUUUACAGGAUCCGGAAAUCACAAACGCGCCAUUGCCGAUGCUGCGUUCGUUGUUGUCAUUGUCUGAGGCUCCGGAAGCGAACGGCCCCCAGCGCUCCGCGGGGGACUAUCUCGUGCCGCUGUCGCCUCAGGACCAGCCGGCGAACGCUAGCUCAACGGAUCACUUGGUACCUCAUAGCAAAACGCUAACGGCGGCGGAGAGGCCAGGAAUGGAGGAUUCACAAUAUCAACCUCUUCUGAAAGCAUCACAAGAAUAUGGCAACAUUCCAACGGUGUCGUUGAACGCGAACGGAAAACGCGACGCCUCAAAUGCUUCCGCCGCCGAGACAAAGAGCAAUACAAAGUUUCAGCAGUCUGAUUCCACUGAUAGGUUAUUAAGUUCGUUAGAGGGUCCUAUAGAGGUCGCAGAGUCGCCGGAAGAUAAACCCGCCGUGUGGGAGACCUCGUUCACGGAGACCAAAACGCCGCCGAGCAUCGAACCCGAACCCACGGUCGAGAAACUGAUAAGUAUAACACCAACUUCACCCAAACCUCCAGAAAACGCUCUGUCGAUAGCCAUAGAGUCAACCAAUGUCAUAGACAAGACGAACAAAACGCAUUUGAUACCAGAAAAGAAAUCUGCACCUAUAGCAUCCCCCGACCCGCCGCGCAUAAACGCCUGGAAUAGAGACGCACCCACCAUUCCGAAACCUAGGCCGUUCUGUCUGGACGCGGCCCAGUUAGAGCAAAACCUGAACGCCUUGAAGAAGAACAGCGGCUCAGUGAACCUCACCACGAUGAACACGAUGAAGGUCCUCCCGCCGUAUAUAAACGUCGUCACCCCCAAUAAGAUAUCAGAAGUGAAAACCAUCCAGAUAGACCCCAAGAAGGCCGUCAUACACGAUCUCCAGUCUCCCGGCGAACCCGAGGACAAAGAGGAGAAGGGCAAGCUGAAACAGUCGAGUUCGGCAGCCAGCUUACUGAACGGACCUCUCACGGAACUCCCGUACGCGGACAGCGACAACGCCUCCUCCAGCUCCGGCAGCAACGCCCAGAACGUCAUCAACAACCAGAAAAACAAAAACUACUCCGAAGUGGCCAUCAACGGCAAAAACGUCAAAAGACAGGGUAGCGGCGGCGGGGAGUUCGGUGAAGCUGAAAUAAAUUGUUGAACAAAAUGGCCGUCUAACGAACUGCCGUUUGUGGCGAAGAGAACAUUGUAAAUAUGUGUUUUAAUAAAAUUCUGACAACGUCUCUGUCUGAAGUUCA